AUGGAGCUGAGCCACAGAGCAGGUACGACCACUUUGACCAGGGCCCACCGGAACAGCAAGGAGGCCCAGCAAGAUACGGACUCCUGGAAAACAGCCCAUAGCCCCUUGGACACCUCGCAGUUCAAGUACCAGGCCCCACUCUCCCCGCAUUCACCCCUAAACCGGGGAGGCAGCACUGGAAGCAGCAAGCUAAGGCUGGCCCACCUGGAGAAGGUGCAGCCUCCACCCCCAACAGCCGUUCACAAGGACUCUCCGGGGAUGGACCCACAGCCCCAGCCCCUGUGGAAGGGGAGCUCCAGAUCCUCUUUGAGGGAGAACAGGGGCACCUUCCGAGAGGGGGCCCUGCCAGGCCAGGGUCCUGAAGGAGGUGCAGGCUUGGAAGCCCAGGACGGGAGGGGCCCACCCCCAUGCCAGGAGAGGAGCGUCAUUCCUGACAACAUUCGCCACAAGUUUGGGAGCAACAUGGUGGACCAGCUGGUCACUGAGGAGCAGGCUCAAAGGGCCAUUAGUGAAGCCGUGGAGUGCCAGAAGAAGUCAAGCUCAUGGCCCAGGAGGAUCCAGAGUCCCGUGGAAAUCUCCUCCAUCUUCUCAGACUACUAUGAUCUGGGCUACAACAUGCGGUCAAACUUGUUUCAAGGGGCCCCUGAGGAGACGAAGAGCCUCAUGAAGGCCUCCUACACCCCAGAGGUGAUUGAGAAAUCAGUGCGGGACACAGAACACUGGCAUGGCAGGAAGACGGAUGAUCUGGGACGGUGGCACCAGAAAAAUGCUAUGAACAUGAACUUGCAGAAAGCACUGGAUGAGAAAUUUGGAGAAAAGAGCAAAGCCAGGGGCUCAAAGUACUAA